UGUAUUUGAUUCUUUUAUGUCAUUAUAUUUGUAUACAUUUGUAUGUUUUAAUAUAGCAGAAAAAAGAGGCCAUUUGAAACUGACAUUUAAUAGUACAAGCAGUAGAAAAAGUCAGACAACAUUUCCAGGCUGUGGUUAUGCUGUUCCCAUUGAGAAAGGUUUAGUUCCAAGAAGCAUUCAGUCAUCUGGAAAAUUAAAAAUAUCUCCUGAAGUUACUUAUGAUUUUACUGCUGAUGAUUUAACUGAUUUGGGAGAAAUUGGUAGAGGAGCAUUUGGUACAGUAAAUAAGAUGGUUCAUAAGAAAAGUACAACAGUAAUGGCUGUAAAAAGAAUUCGGUCGACAGUUGAUGAAAAAGAACAAAAACAAUUACUGAUGGAUUUAGAAGUAGUGAUGAAAAGUAAUGAUUGCCCGUUCAUUGUACAGUUUUAUGGAGCAAUUUUUAAAGAGGGUGAUUGUUGGAUUUGUAUGGAAUUGAUGGAUACUUCUUUGGAUAAAUUUUACAAAUUUAUUCAUGAGAGGCAAAAGCUUAGGAUACCAGAAAGCAUUUUGGGAAAAGUAACUGUUGCAGUAAGUAAUGCGAUUAUAGAAGUAGCUACAGGAAAAUUUCCUUAUCCUAAAUGGAACAGUGUAUUUGAACAAUUAACACAAGUUGUCCAAGGUGAUCCACCACAGUUAAGUCUUCAAGACAAUGGAAAUUCAUUCACUUUAGAAUUUGUAAAUUUUGUUAAUACAUGGUAUGUAUAUUUUAAUUUAAGGUUAAUCUUUUCAAUAUAACUUGAUAAACCUAUAACUUUGAAAAAAUAAAAAUGACUGUUUAAGACUGCAAUUAAAUAUAAAUACAAAAAAACUAAGUCAGAAAUACAUGGUACUCUAUAAAAUUCUCAUCUUAGGCAAUUUGGAACAACAAACUGGUUAUUGCUUCAAAAUGUAAAUGUACUUAUUUACCAAUUUUCAAUCUAGACAUGGUAUUUACUGCAUUCAUUGAAUGUCCUCAAAAUAAAAGAAACAGGAUGUAGAAAAUAUAUAUACAUUUAUGUAUGUAUAUAUAUGUUCUCAAAUGAGAAAAGAAAGUAUACAUAUUCAAAGUGAAAUUUCUUUGUUUUGUCCCACCGAGAAUAGAUUUUUAGUUGCCUUCUUGGAUGUUUACUUGCUUGAAUUUGACAAACUCAAGCUCCCUCUGUGUUUGUCUUAGUCAUAAUUAACAUUGAAGUAUUCAACAUUUUUGGUAAUAUUAGUUUUUUUAAAAUAUCAAUGUGUUAAGAAAGCAGAACAGCCUUUUUCUCACUGCUUUAAAAUUGAUGUGGACAGGCCUGAAAUGCAAAUACAGAGCAUAAAGCACAAAUGCAGAUGGAAAUAAAAACAUAAUAUUUAAUGAAGUUUGUCAAAAUCAAAUAGAGCAAGUUUCUUUUUAUGAACUGAAAAUUUUUUUAUUGAAGUUUUUUUUUAUUUGUGGUUUUAGGCCCCUUACCGCUCAGAGAGCACAAAGAGGCCAAGAAGAUUAUGUAUUUAAGAGGGUUUGCGUGGUUGGUGUCCCUAAGUGGGCUAAUAGACAUCCCAAGUAGGGCUUAUGAUGACUAGUCCCUUGUGAGGGCUCAUAAUUUUGUGUGUGUAUGUUGUGUUUUAGAUUUUAUUCUGCAUGUUAUAUCUUAUGUAAUGUUUAUUUAACUUACCAAAUUUCCAUUGAUCAAGAGGAAGGGAAAGGUAGAAAGGAUAGUUACAGUAUUCAUUUCUAACCAGCCUGACCUAACCGGUAUUGAAGUUUAACCAAUAGGAGUCAUUCUAGUCAUGAGUAUCUUGAUUCAAAAAAUGGUGAAGACUUUUUCUCUGGCAAAUGCAGAAAUCAAAAGUUGUUUAAAUCUAAAUUCAUUGUAAGAUUUAUUUCACAUAUUAGAGGUUAUUAUUAAAGUUUAUUAGUUUUUAACAUUUCACUUUGUUGUUUGAUAUUAGCUCUUGCUGAUCAUAUUAACUGUAGUUUAUAUAUCAAUGUAUCAUUAGACUUUAAUCAUGUAUGUUAUAUUUUUGAAACAAUUUAUGAAUUCAUUAAUGUCAAUUAUGGUAUUUUUUCAUUGCACUAUUCCAUAAAAUCUAUCAUAUAAGCAAAAUAAAUAUUGAUAGCUGAUUUCAUUACUUAUGUUUUUGUCAAGCCAUUCAAUUCAAUGCUUAUUUAAGUUUUCAUCUUUGACAGUUCUAACUAAUGAGAAUUAAUAACAGAGGUAUAAUGCAUAAAGCUUUUUGUUCAUGUCCCACAGAUUCUUUUGGAGAAAAAAGUUUUGACAGUAAUGCCAGAAUAAAUGCAAUUUUCUACUUCUACAACUUUGUCUUGCUCCAUC